CAGCUCCCAGAAAUCCGUGCAGCAAAGGCCGAGCUUAUUGGCAAGUAGGAAGGCCCCUCUCCUAACUGGGCACAGGCAAAAGCCAAUAGACAGGGGGCAUUGAGGAGCUUUCUAGGCCACCGUUCACCUAUCAGAGGCCUGGGAGGAGAUGCUUCCGGUACUCGCUCUGGGCUUCGGAGCCGCGGUCGACGAGGAGGGACGUCCCUCGGGAGACUAAGUUUCUGUGGGGCCGUAAGACCGAAGGAAGAGUAACUUCUCAGCAAUGCUAGCUCCUGGAUUAUGCUUGUCAUCCUGCUAUACCCUUUCAAUACUGAACAGCCACUUCAUUCAGCUGGGACUGUGCAGAUAACUUUUAUCAGAAAGGAUGGAGUUGGGAAAAGGAAAACUUCUCAGGACUGGGCUGAAUGCACUAUAUCAAGCAAUACACCCAAUUCAUGGCCUUGUCUGGACUGAUGGGAAUCAGGUAGUCCUGACUGACUUACGGCUUCACUGUGGAAAGGCCAAGUUUGGGGACUCAAAGAUCAUUGGACAAUUUGAACAUGUGUGUGGCGUGUCCUGGUCCCCAUCUGGUACAGCUGACAUGCCCGCUUUGCUUGCUGUCCAGCACAAGAAACAUGUCAUUGUGUGGCAGCUAUGCCACAGCACGACAGAGACAAGCAAAUGGCUGAUGUCUCAGACUUGUGAGAUUAGAGAAUCACUCCCUGUUCUUCCUCAGGGCUGUGUGUGGCACCCAAAAAGUGCCGUCCUCACUGUGUUGACUGCACAGGAUGUCUCCGUUUUCCAUAAUGUUCACUGUGACAGUUCCUGGGUAAAAGCAAACAUCAACACCCAGGGCCUCAUUCACUGUGCCUGUUGGACCCAGGAUGGCCAGAGGCUGGUAGUGGCAGUAGGCAGCAGUCUACAUUCUUAUAUUUGGGAUGGUGCUCGGAAGACUCUUCACAGGAGCUCUUUGUACCCAGUGUUUUAUGUGGACAGCUCUGUGCGCUCCAUUGGAGCCACUGCAGACUCACAGAUCGCUAUAGCCACUGAGCUUCCAUUAGAUAAAAUUUGUAGGUUAAAUGCAUCUGAAACCUUUGAUUUUCUGCCUAGUGGUGAAGAGGCUUAUCUGUAUACUUCACCAGGUAGUGAUGAAAUGCCCUCUGUGCAUGAGGAGGCAGUCGCUUUUGAAACAUCAGUUUCUCCCUCUUCUUACUCCUUUUCAGAUCUUCUGGAUCUAACUCAUAAACAAUUCAGUAGAUCUAAGUCUGAGGGUAGUUCUCUUAUUUAUCUAAGAGAAAAAGACUACUUAGUGGGAACUGGCCUGGAUUCUUCACAUUUAGUCUUUGUGACCUUUGACAAAGAGGUUGCCCAUACUAGAAAAGUCACAAUUCCAGGUAUUCUGGUUCCUGACCUAAUAGCAUUUAGUCCUAAAGCACAGGUAGUGGCAGUGGCUUCCAAUACCUGUAAUACAAUUUUCAUCUAUUCUCUCGUUCCAUCAUUUAUGCCAAACAUCCCGCAUAUUCAACUAGAGAGUAGUGAAAAACCAAAAGGCAUGUGUUUCUUGACAGAUAAAUUAUUAUUAAUUAUGGUAGGAAAACAAAAUUCCACUGAUUUAGCAUUUCUUCCUUCUUCAAAAACUGAUGAGUAUAUCAUUCAUUUGAUUGUUAGAGAAGUAAUGUUGGAAGAAGAAUUUCCGAUAACAUUGGGUGAAACCCAGAGUGGCUACUCUACUUUCAGUACUCUCUUAAAUGAAGCAGAUAGAAAAGAGCUGAUUGAAAGUCUUUCCCCAGAUUUUUAUCACCAAAACAGAGGGCUCUUGUUAACAGGUAGUAGCAGUAGUCCAAGUGGAAGGCCUGGAAAAACCCUUAUUAAAGAAAUCAUCAGCCAGCCAGCCAGUAUCUGUGAUGGCUCCAUAAACCUGGAAACUCCAGAUGCUGAGCCUGUUAACCACUCAGUAACACUGCCUAGACCCAGCAGCAUGGCGGAGCACACCAAUACCCCAGAACCUCCUGAUUUGCCUCAAAGAAACAACUUAGAAAAAGAAAAGGAAAUUUGCCAGCUAUCAAAGGAACUGGAAAUUUUAUCAAGGAACCUCACUGAAGUGCAGCAGCGCCUUUCUGAACUCACAGACUUUCUACAUAAAGGAGAGAAAUCCUCUCCAGUGUAUCCGCUCUUUCAGGAUCUGCCUUAUGUUCACAUCACUCACCAGAAAUCUUACUGUGUAGGUCCCAUUAAGAAAAGAACCGUACUUCUCUGCAAUGGCAAACUAAGGCUCAGUACAGUUCAGCAGGCUUUUGGACUCUCUGUUAUUGAAAUGCUACAUGACUCCCACUGGAUCCUUCUCUGUGCUGAUAGUGAAGGCUUCAUCCCAUUAAUUUUCUCAGCCACACAGGAAAUAAUCAUAAGAGAUGGCAGGUCAGAUGUCUUCAAAGACUUUGUCUCAGAGUCUUGAUCAUGAUCUUUCUCUUAAAUUAUUAGAGACCUUACUACCCAAAGCAUAAAUACCACCAGCUGUUCUAACCAUUUAGGCGUCUGGCUUGAUAAUUGUUUGGAGCAUAUUUGCUGCAUAGCUUUUCAGAUGAGGCCAUUACAAACAAGAUAUGUGUUCCACCACCGACUCUUCCCAGGUGGAAUUUACACUGUCCCUCAGAGAUGAGGCGGUUGCCCUGGGUGGCUUGGCCACUUUUCCCCCUUUCUCCCUUUUCCUGCUUUUCCCCUGGGCUAAGGCUUACUGCUCACUGAGAGCUCAGCCUUUCUUAGAUGGCUCAGAAAGUGGUUAUUUAUGUAUUCAUGACUGUGUGGUUUUGUCUAAGGGCAGAAUUCCCAGAACAAACAAUAUUAUGGUGCCAUAUGGAUUGUGUUUUAUGGUUUCUCUGAGGCUUUCUGUCCCUUGCCCAAAACUGUGUAAAAGCUGUCUUAGAGGCACUUAAGUGGUACCUCAGCACUGUUAUAGAUCUUUUCUUGGCUUAAAGAUGAGGAUAAGUAGUGCUGGAGAACAGAUGCUCCUGUCAGCAUAUCCUUGUUACCCCAAACCAGCAGGAAUCAGCAGAGUUCAAAGGAAGACAAAAAAAUCAGUUGACUUCUCCCAGGACUACCUAGAAUAGGAAGUAGUUCCAGUGUUAACUGGACUGCCCAAGAUUUAAAUCUCUCUCUCUUGCUUCCUUAAAAAUUCUGUCUGACAAGAUCCAGAUAGGCCCCAGAACUGACUAUAAGCAAAUUUGAAAUGAGAUUUCAAGCGCUUUAACCCCUCUGGACCCCACCUGAGCUUGUGCUUGCGUUACUAGUAGAAUGCUAAGCACAGGUGAGGCCUAAGGCAUGAUUUUGUGCUGUUGUCACUCCAUAUUUUUCUUUUUUUUCCAGUUUUGGGAUCAUAAAAAUGUCCUAUUUCUCUCUCAGCAAUCAACUCCCUUAGUUAAAUUGUCACUUUGAUUUUGAUGUUUUUCUUUUCCUCUCAUUCAAGUCUUAGAAACCAGCUUAGAGUCUGAGAGAAAGAAUUUGGGAAAGUUGGGAAUCGAGGUAGUUCUAAAAGCUACCCGUUUAUUAUAAUUGUGGGCUAAAGUGGCAUCUUAGUGGAAAGAUGCCCUGAUUCCAACCUCAGAUAGACACAACGCUUCUCACUGCCUUCAGACAAAAUCGUAAGUUCCAAUUACUGCUGCAUAACAAAUUGAUAGUGGUGUGGCUAGUCAGAGCACAUCUGCAGAUAAAUCGUUUUAGCCACAGAAGCUCCAUUAGCAUGUAUGCAUCUUUUUUCUUCCUUUCCUUGGAAUUAUCUGGAAAGAAGUAUUUUGUACCCUUGGGGACUCCUGUCUGUCUGUUACAGUUUAUGAAGAUGGAGCUGGGAUAGGAAAGAAGUGAGGGCCCAUUUUGUGGUUCAAAUGCAUUAGACAGCUGCUGGGGUAAUGGAACUGGAGGCCACUUGUCUGUGAUCAGUUGCCUCAGAGCAGUGGCUGAGGACCGUCUGAGGCCUGGCUCCAUUUGCGAAGGAAGUGUCUUAGCAGGAUGAAGCCUGAAAAGGGGACCUGGGGGACCCUGUAGUAAGAUCAAUGUGGGUGCCUCCAGAUGUAUGUUAUAAUCACCGUUUUGCCGGUUAGAAUCCUAUGAAGGACGCUUCAAUAAAAUUCAGUCGUCAUGGCUGUUGUGAAUGUU